AUGCGUAUGCAGCGUACGCAAUGUGCACAGUGGAUGCUGUGGUACCGCCUGGUCCUGUUCGCCUGGACCGCAGUCCUCAUCGCCGGAGGCGCUGUCGCUUGGAAGUUCAUCUCGGAGCGCGGCUUUCAUCUUCCAGCGAUUCCAGGCAGCCAGUACGACAAAGAGGAGCAGUCGUACCUGGGUUUCUUCGGUGAUGGUGUGGAUGGGGCUCAGGCUGCGCUGGUGCUUGGCAGUGAUUCUCCAGUCAUGGCAAUGACCAACGUAUCUACCUGUCAGAUCAAACCAGCUCUGCAACAAGUUGGGAGCACUGGAAACACUUUCCAGUUGGAGUUGUCCUGUCAGAAUGAGUCUGCACCUGGCGGUGGAUGUAUCACAUCUUCACAGCUCAGGAGUGAAGUGUACUCGCUGCUGAGCAUGUUCAUGUCCAACAGGAUGUCGCCAGAGAAUUUGUCUCACUUCCUCGAGCUACAGGUGGAACCAAUGCUGGAUGCUGCUCCGGAGAUGUUGGCUUGUCCGCAUGUUGAGGACACCUUUCAAAAAAACCUGGCAGAAGCAUCUUUCCAAGUGGAAGAGUCCCUUCGCCAGAAAAUGCCGAACUGCGACUUAGCAGUUCUGUCUUUCUGGUCUCUGCCUCCACAACAGUUUCAGCGCAACUUGACCUUUGCAGAGUUCAAGUUUGAAGUCACGGUCACGCUCCCAGCAGGAAGCUUUUGGAAUGUUUUUCAAAAACUGCUCAGCUCCAAAAGCCAAGAACAAGUCAUGGUGGCAGUUCGUGCGCACACAUGCAACGGCUUGCCAGUUGCUGACUUCUCACAGGAGGCUCUUCAAGUGGCCAACAUUCUGAAGGAUGUUGCAGAGGCGGCAGAGGGCAUCGACGGUACCAACUUGAAAGCCGAAGUGAUGUCCUUCGCCAUCAUCGUGGAAAGUAUCAGAGAUGGGGUUGAAGUGGUGAUGGCCAUGUCAACAGGUACCCUUCCCCUUGGGAUUGCGGUCUUGGCAUACAUGGUGGGGAACCCGCGCUUGGUGAUCAUUGCCAUCAUCAAUGUACUAGCUGCCGUCACAGGUUCGGUGCUGGUCAUGGAGUGCCUUGUAACCCACCUGAUGCCGGUGAGCAUUUUCACGCCGCCCUUCUUGAUUGCAGUGGUCCUGUCCAUGUCCAUUGACUAUGCCUUGUUUCUUUUGAGCAGAUUCCAGAAGGAGACAGCAGCAGGUGCAGCAGCAGCUGAAGCCAUGGCUAUCAGCCUUUCCACAUCUGGCCGUAUCGUCGCGCAAGCUGGUGUGAUCUUAGCAUGCUGCUUUGCCUGCUUACUGAUGACGCCAGUGCAACUGGUCAGUGCUAUGGGAGCAGGUGGGCUUGUGGCGGUGGCUGUGGCCAUGGCGGCCAACCUCACCUUGACCCCAGCUCUGAUUUUAGGAACGCGACCCACUUUCUGGAUUAGCAAGCCCAAUGCACCUUGUCGACCUUGUCGUCAAGCUCCAGAGGGAGAUGCUGAAGCACCAGCAGGUGACGAAGAGUUGCAUGUUCCCAAUGUUUCCAUGGGCUUUUGGCGGAGAUUUGGGGAGCGGUUGACGAGCUGUGCCAAGCCUCUUCUGUUCUUGAUUCUACUCUCUGCAGCCCCUUGCGUUUGGAAGGACUCGAUGCCUUCUUCAGACGUGUUGGGUUUCACACCAGCCCUCCCGCGAGGCUCGUCCACAGCCAAAAUCUUCCACAGCAUUGGUGAAGAGUUUGGAUAUGAAGUUCUUUUCCCCACAACAAUUGGGCUGGUGGCUCCAGCUGAAGUGAACCUGGAAGAAUGGAGGCUCCAGGCUUGCAAGGCUUUACAGGAGAUUGGGGAAGAGGUGUACAGAAGUGACUUCACGAGUUCAACCUUCAUGAGUGAAGUCAUCAUUGAUGGCAAGUGCUUGGCAGUUGAUGUUGCUGGAAGUCUGCUGAAGUGGUGGCAAACCAAUGGACAGGAAGGUACCGUCGUCUACAUCGACUACCCAUUGAAUCCUUUGUCCAUCGAUGGACAACGAUGGACCAAGAGCUUGCAGAGAGCUGUGGAAGACCAUCAUCGGGGCAGAUGGUAUGUGCAUGGAUAUGGUCCACUCUUGUCCAGCCAAUGUGGUGAGAUUCGCGAGUUCUUUCCAUAUUUGGUUGUUGCAACGGUUUGCGCGGUCCUUCUCAUUUCCAUUUGCUUCACACGAUCUGUUUUAUGGAGCUUGCGGGCCCUCCUUUGCCUGUUCUGGAUGUUAGCUGUUCUUUGGCGUUUGUCUUCCCUCGUCUUUCCUGAAGGGCUGUACUACAUUGUGCCUUCCAUGAUGUUGCCCUUCCUGGUGGGUGUGGCCUUGGAUUAUGACAUUUUCUAUACUGAGGCAGUCUUGGAAGAAUGCAAUGGUGGCCUCCCAGUGAAAAAGGCUGGCAUCAAAGCGCUUGAGAAGACUGCCAACAUCAUCACAGCAGCCGGAGUGGUCAUGAUAAUAGCCUUCUGCCCACUCCUGCUUUCUUCAACGUUAGUCUUGAAGCAGAUUGGUUUCAUGGCAAUUGGUGGUUUGUCUAUCAGUGCUUUCUGGAACACCAAAGUGGCCAUGCCCGUGUGCUUGCACUUCUGCGGGAAGCACAGCUUUUGGCCUCGGAAUUUGGAGAAAAAGCAGCGCUGCCAGCAGCCAAUUGAUGCCAUUUUCCUGGGGCACCCUGCCUACCUGGUAGAUACGUUUACCUUGUUGACCUCGCCUGACACCGAAAAGCCAUGGAGCGCAUCGUGGUGGAUGUACCUCUUCCUUCCUGUUCUUUGGCUGUUUGGUUUCGUUGGGGCACAUAUCUUGAGGCGCCUUGGCUUGCCAAAUCAUCUUGUUUUGGAUGACUACGAGUACAACGGCCUUCAUGUCCAGACUUGGAUGGUUCUGCACUUCGGCCGCCACUUUCGCAACUCUUGGGAACUUCAUGAUGCUCGACGCAACGUGAGGGCAGCAGCCAGCAGGGCUGAGAAGACCGGCGCCCGGGUGCUAGGAUUAGGUGCGCUCAACAAGGCAGAAUCUUUGAACCGUGGAGGCCUGGACUUGGUUCAACACUUGCCUUCAAGCCGAAGCAUGUGUGUGACUCAUGGAGAUCAUCUCACAGCUGCUGCAGUCGUGGAGAAUGUGCUACGGCUGGUCGCAAGGUUUCCUGAGUUUCGGAAGAAAAUCUUCAUGACCGGAGCCACGGGGAAGACCGGGAAGGCCGUUGCUCUGGCCUUAUUGCGCCGCGGUGUCUCCGUGAUGUGCCACAGUGGCAGCAAGCAAAGACGAGAUGAAUUGGAGACUCAUGGGCUAGCCACUGCAUCCCACCUGCGUGAUGGGGCUGACUGCGGCAUGUGGAUUGUGGGUAAAUAUGACCAGUUGGUGAACCAAGUCAUGCCUCCAUCUGCUGUUGCCUGUGUCUUUGCGGUGCCAAAUCCAGUUAAUCCAGUGUCCCGCUCAGAUGUCAUGGUAUAUGAUGGUGCCACCAUGCAGAUUGAUGAGUCGCGCUUGAAAGGACGACGAGCAAAUCUGAAGCUCUUACGCCAAGAGAUUUAUGCAUGCAAUGCAGCCACCCUGCUUCUUGCAUCAGGUUCCAAGCAGUUCGAUGAUUUGGGUGAAGUCGAUCCAUUGACAUUGGAAGCCUACCUGGAGGGGGCUGAAUCGAUUGGCAUCACUCUGAAGCCUCUUGAAGACUUGCAUAGUAAGGGGCGGUUCAAGAUCGAAGCGUCCUUUGACCGGGAAAACUGGUGGCGAAAAAAAUGGUGCGUUCGAAGGUGCGGCGGUGGUGGGGCAUUGAGAGCUGGAGAGCUUGCAUUCGUUGGAGGCAUCAGGAAGUCCAAAUCCAUGGCCUGCAAGACAGAGAGCGUUGAGCGCCGGGGCGCCUUGGAUGGAUGCAGCGCCAGUUCAAAGUUGAAACCCUCAUCAGACACGGACAGGCGCCGACGCUUGCACCAGCAGCAACGCCGGGUCCUGGUCAGGUCUCCAACUGCUGGGCUCUUAGGGAUCGGUCUAGAUUGCGAUGUCACGGCGAUGUCCGUCCUCAUCGCCGGAGGCGCUGUCGCCUGGAAAUUCAUCUCGGAGCGCGGCUUUCAUCUUCCAGCGAUUCCAGGCAGUCAGUACGACAAAGAGGAGCAGUCGUACCUGGGUUUCUUCGGUGAUGGUGUGGAUGGGGCUCAGGCUGCGCUGGUGCUUGGCAGUGAUUCUCCAGUCAUGGCAAUGACCAACGUAUCUACCUGUCAGAUCAAACCAGCUCUGCAACAAGUUGGGAGCACUGGAAACACUUUCCAGUUGGAGUUGUCCUGUCAGAAUGAGUCUGCACCUGGCGGUGGAUGUAUCACAUCUUCACAGCUCAGGAGUGAAGUGUACUCGCUGCUGAGCAUGUUCAUGUCCAACAGGAUGUCGCCAGAGAAUUUGUCUCACUUCCUCGAGCUACAGGUGGAACCAAUGCUGGAUGCUGCUCCGGAGAUGUUGGCUUGUCCGCAUGUUGAGGACACCUUUCAAAAAAACCUGGCAGAAGCAUCUUUCCAAGUGGAAGAGUCCCUUCGCCAGAAAAUGCCGAACUGCGACUUAGCAGUUCUGUCUUUCUGGUCUCUGCCUCCACAACAGUUUCAGCGCAACUUGACCUUUGCAGAGUUCAAGUUUGAAGUCACGGUCACGCUCCCAGCAGGAAGCUUUUGGAAUGUUUUUCAAAAACUGCUCAGCUCCAAAAGCCAAGAACAAGUCAUGGUGGCAGUUCGUGCGCACACAUGCAACGGCUUGCCAGUUGCUGACUUCUCACAGGAGGCUCUUCAAGUGGCCAACAUUCUGAAGGAUGUUGCAGAGGCGGCAGAGGGCAUCGACGGUACCAACUUGAAAGCCGAAGUGAUGUCCUUCGCCAUCAUCGUGGAAAGUAUCAGAGAUGGGGUUGAAGUGGUGAUGGCCAUGUCAACAGGUACCCUUCCCCUUGGGAUUGCGGUCUUGGCAUACAUGGUGGGGAACCCGCGCUUGGUGAUCAUUGCCAUCAUCAAUGUACUAGCUGCCGUCACAGGUUCGGUGCUGGUCAUGGAGUGCCUUGUAACCCACCUGAUGCCGGUGAGCAUUUUCACGCCUCCCUUCUUGAUUGCAGUGGUCCUGUCCAUGUCCAUUGACUAUGCCUUGUUUCUUUUGAGCAGAUUUGAGAAGGAGACAGCAGCAGGUGCAGCAGCAGCUGAAGCCAUGGCUAUCAGCCUUUCCACAUCUGGCCGUAUCGUCGCGCAAGCUGGUGUGAUCUUGGCAUGCUGCUUUGCCUGCUUACUGAUGACGCCAGUGCAACUGGUCAGUGCCAUGGGAGCAGGUGGGCUUGUGGCGGUGGCUGUGGCCAUGGCGGCCAACCUCACCUUGACCCCAGCUCUGAUUUUAGGAACGCGACCCACUUUCUGGAUUAGCAAGCCCAAUGCACCUUGUCGACCUUGUCGUCAAGCUCCAGAGGGAGAUGCUGAAGCACCAGCAGGUGACGAAGAGUUGCAUGUUCCCAAUGUUUCCAUGGGCUUUUGGCGGAGAUUUGGGGAGCGGUUGACGAGCUGUGCCAAGCCUCUUCUGUUCUUGAUUCUACUCUCUGCAGCCCCUUGCGUUUGGAAGGACUCGAUGCCUUCUUCAGACAUGUUGGGUUUCACACCAGCCCUCCCACAAGGCUCGUCCACAGCCAAAAUCUUCCACAGCAUUGGUGAAGAGUUUGGAUAUGAAGUUCUUUUCCCCACAACAAUUGGGCUGGUGGCUCCAGCUGAAGUGAACCUGGAAGAAUGGAGGCUCCAGGCUUGCAAGGCUUUACAGGAGAUUGGGGAAGAGGUGUACAGAAGUGACUUCACGAGUUCAACCUUCAUGAGUGAAGUCAUCAUUGAUGGCAAGUGCUUGGCAGUUGAUGUUGCUGGAAGUCUGCUGAAGUGGUGGCAAACUAAUGGACAGGAAGGUACCGUCGUCUACAUCGACUACCCAUUGAAUCCUUUGUCCAUCGAUGGACAACGAUGGACCAAGAGCUUGCAGAGAGCUGUGGAAGACCAUCAUCGGGGCAGAUGGUAUGUGCAUGGAUAUGGUCCACUCUUGUCCAGCCAAUGUGGUGAGAUUCGCGAGUUCUUUCCAUAUUUGGUUGUUGCAACGGUUUGCGCGGUCCUUCUCAUUUCCAUUUGCUUCACACGAUCUGUUUUAUGGAGCUUGCGGGCCCUCCUUUGCCUGUUCUGGAUGUUAGCUGUUCUUUGGUGUUUGUCCUCCCUCGUCUUUCCUGAAGGGCUAUACUACAUUGUGCCUUCCAUGAUGUUGCCCUUCCUGGUGGGUGUGGCCUUGGAUUAUGACAUUUUCUAUACUGAGGCAGUCUUAGAAGAAUGCAAUGGUGGCCUCCCAGUGACGAAAAAGGCUGGCAUCAAAGCGCUUGAGAAGACUGCCAACAUCAUCACAGCAGCCGGAGUGGUCAUGAUAAUAGCCUUCUGCCCACUCCUGCUUUCUUCAACGUUAGUCUUGAAGCAGAUUGGUUUCAUGGCAAUUGGUGGUUUGUCUAUCAGUGCUUUCUGGAACACCAAAGUGGCCAUGCCCGUGUGCUUGCACUUCUUCGGGAAGCACAGCUUUUGGCCUCGGAAUUUGGAGAAAAAGCAGCGCUGCCAGCAGCCAAUUGAUGCCAUUUUCCUGGGGCACCCUGCCUACCUGGUAGAUACGUUUACCUUGUUGACCUCGCCUGACACCGAAAAGCCAUGGAGCGCAUCGUGGUGGAUGUACCUCUUCCUUCCUGUUCUUUGGCUGUUUGGUUUCGUUGGGGCACAUAUCUUGAGGCGCCUUGGCUUGCCAAAUCAUCUUGUUUUGGAUGACUACGAGUACAACGGCCUUCAUGUCCAGACUUGGAUGGUUCUGCACUUCGGCCGCCACUUUCGCAACUCUUUGGAACUUCAUGAUGCUCGACGCAACGUGAGGGCAGCAGCCAGCAGGGCUGAGAAGACCGGCGCCCGGGUGCUAGGAUUAGGUGCGCUCAACAAGGCAGAAUCUUUGAACCGUGGAGGCCUGGACUUGGUUCAACACUUGCCUUCAAGCCGAAGCAUGUGUGUGACUCAUGGAGAUCAUCUCACAGCUGCUGCAGUCGUGGAGAAUGUGCUACGGCUGGUCGCAAGGUUUCCUGAGUUUCGGAAGAAAAUCUUCAUGACCGGAGCCACGGGGAAGACCGGGAAGGCCGUUGCUCUGGCCUUAUUGCGCCGCGGUGUCUCCGUGAUGUGCCACAGUGGCAGCAAGCAAAGACGAGAUGAAUUGGAGACUCAUGGGCUAGCCACUGCAUCCCACCUGCGUGAUGGGGCUGACUGCGGCAUGUGGAUUGUGGGUAAAUAUGACCAGUUGGUGAACCAAGUCAUGCCUCCAUCUGCUGUUGCCUGUGUCUUUGCGGUGCCAAAUCCAGUUAAUCCAGUGUCCCGCUCAGAUGUCAUGGUAUAUGAUGGUGCCACCAUGCAGAUUGAUGAGUCGCGCUUGAAAGGACGACGAGCAAAUCUGAAGCUCUUACGCCAAGAGAUUUAUGCAUGCAAUGCAGCCACCCUGCUUCUUGCAUCAGGUUCCAAGCAGUUCGAUGAUUUGGGUGAAGUCGAUCCAUUGACAUUGGAAGCCUACCUGGAGGGGGCUGAAUCGAUUGGCAUCACUCUGAAGCCUCUUGAAGACUUGCAUAGUAAGGGGCGGUAG